GCCCAGAACCUUUACGGUGUCGCCCUAUUUGCUAAAGAAGUUGCAGCCUUGGGUUGAUUUUGAGCGGUAAGAUCCAAGAGCCAAAAUGUCUGCAACUCUAGAUCUGGAAAAAGGAUGCACGGUGGAUGAAGUGUUACAUGGAUGCAUUGAGGCCUUUGACGAUGAGGGCAAGGUUCGGGACCCACAGCUGGUCCGCAUGUUUCUCAUGAUGCAUCCAUGGUACAUCCCGUCUUCCGAGAUGGCAGCGAAACUGCUUCAGAUUUAUCAAGACUCUCGCGGAUCAGAAAACAGUUCCCUGCCAGUUAAAACUUGCCAUCUAGUCAGGUACUGGGUCUCAGCCUUCCCUGCAGAGUUUGACCUCAACCCAGAACUGGCUGAGCAGAUCAAGGCGCUGAAGGAACUUCUUGGACGGGAAGGAAGCCGCCGACACAGCAACCUGAUUGAUAUCGAGAGCGUCCCGACUUACAAGUGGAAGAGACAAGUGACACAACGUCACCCCAUUGCACAAAAGAAGCGCAAGAUGUCACUGCUUUUUGACCACCUGGAGUCAGGAGAGCUGGCAGAACAUCUCACCCACCUUGAAUACCGCUCCUUCAGCAAAAUCCUGUUCCAGGAUUAUCACAGUUUUGUGAUGCACGGAUGCACAGUGGACAACCCAGUCCUGGAGAGGUUCAUCACUCUCUUCAACAGCGUCUCCCAGUGGAUUCAGCUGAUGGUGCUUAGCAAACCCACCGCUCAGCAGCGGGCCCAAGUCAUCACCCGCUUCGUCAUGGUGGCCCAGAGACUUCUCCAUCUGCAAAAUUUCAACACCCUGAUGGCUGUGAUCGGCGGGCUGGGCCACAGUUCCAUCUCUCGCCUCAAGGAGACGCAUAGCUUUGUGAGUCCAGAGACGACAAAGGUCUGGGAGUCGCUGCUGGAGUUGUUGUCCUCGGCAGGGAAUUAUAGCCGCUACCGGCGGUGUUUUGCAGAGUGCGUGGGGUUCAAGUUCCCCAUCUUAGGAGUCCACCUCAAGGACCUGGUGGCUGUUCACGUGGCUCUUCCCGACUGGCUGGACCGGACGCACUCCCGCCUGAACGGCAAUAAGAUGCAGCAGCUGUUUAGCAUCCUCAGCGACCUGGCCAUGGUUCAAAGCAUCCGCCCGCCUUUUGAGGCCAACCCUGACCUUCUCAACCUGCUCAUGGUCUCUCUGGAUCAAUAUCAAACAGAGGAGGAAAUUUAUCAACUCUCUUUGCAGCGCGAACCCCGAAACAAGUCUACGCCUUCCAGUCCCACAUUCUCUAGCCCCCCGCCCCAGCCUGUUAUGAUCGAGGAGUGGGCCUCGGUGCCCAAACCGAAGCCAGACCAAGCAAUUGUGCGCAAACACAUCGAGAAGAUGGUGGAGUCUGUUUUCCGGAAUUUUGAUGUGGACGGAGAUGGAAAUAUUUCCCAAGAAGAAUUCCAGAUUAUUCGGAAUAAUUUUCCAUAUCUCUGCAAAUUUGGAGACCUGGAUGAGAAUCAAGAUGGUUGCAUCAGUCGGGAGGAGAUGGUGUCCUACUUCAUGAAGUCCAGCUUGCAGCUGAACAGGAAGAUGGGCUUCAUCCACAGCUUCAACGAGACCACCUUCCUGCGCCCAGUCGCUUGCCGUCACUGCAAGGGACUGAUCAUUGGCCUCUACAAGCAAGGACUAAAAUGUCGAGCCUGUGGGGUGACUUGCCACAAACAGUGCCGGGACCUGCUUUCGGUUGAGUGCCGCAAACGUGCCAAGAGUGUCAGCCUUGAUGGGUCAGUAUCCCUGCCAGCCCGGUCCUUUAGUUUCUCGCUGCCUCGUCCUGGCCGGACAUCCCUGCGACAUACAGAAAUCCAGGAGGAAGAGGUACAGGCUGUGGAAGAUGGGGUUUUUGAUGAGAAGCUAUGAGACCGGAUCAGCUCAGCAGAGGGCCUGGAAUCGAAGCAAGAGAAACACCUCGUCCUUCUCAGUGACCCCAGUCGGUCUGCCAGUGAAUCCUCGGCUCUUCUGCGUCCCCCUCCCCUCUGAAUGAAGUGGGGCGUGUGCUUUGGGGGAUGGGGCCCCUCCAUUUUGAAAACACUUUGGCAAGGGUAAUCAGGAGAUGUUUCUGCCCCAGCCCAAAGCCUUUUAGAAACGUGUGUAUAUUUGUAUCAAGAACUGGAUUCAAAGAUGUAAUGAUAAUUAGAAUAAAUUUGACACCUGCUCCA